AUGAUGAAGGGAAACGUAUGGCCGAAACGUGGUGCCGGUGUUGAGGUUGAUGGAUUAGUGGCAUUGAUGGAAAACGAGCACGUGGGACCGUUGAAAUUGGGUAACCGAGGAGAAUUCACGAUGUUAGAUCUUGCAGAGGUUGUGAAAGAAACUAUUGGUCCCAGUGCAACGGUUGAUUUCAAGCCUAACACUGUUGAUGAUCCUCAUAAGAGGAAGCCAGAUAUCGGUAAAGGAAAGGAGCUUCUGAACUGGGAGCCGAAGAUUUCCUUGCAUAAGGGGUUGCAUCUCAUGGUCACCGAUUUUCGAAAUCGCAUCUUGAAUGAAGAUGAAGGAAAGGGAAACAAAUAG